CCACUUCCCCUCUCAUCUCCGCUAAGGGCUCGGCUACAUCUUCCCUGACCUCAUUUCCGCUUGUGCAGCAGCCAUUUUGUCUUUCCGUUGAUCGUGCUGCCCGAGCUUCUUCCUCCCACCCGUCGCCGCGGACUACGAAACUCCAGUUCCACCCCCUGCGGCCUAUCUCCGUCUAGACCUGGGGCCUGCUCUUUUCUUUCUUUUUUCUUCCCGACCCUCCUUCCCGACCCGUUUUCUCUCCUAGGCUCCCCCUUUCCCUAAUACUCGGAACAGGAGAUGUUCCUUCCUCCUCCUCCUCUUCGCCGCGUCUCUACCUGUGAGGGACCCAGGUCCUCAACCGCCACCCCCCAGUAGCAGCAAGACACGCGCGCUCACCCCACACCCCCUUCCCACAACUGGCAUCUCUCCCCGAACCAACCGAGGAGGGAGGAGGAGGAGGAGGAGGAGAAGAAAAAGAGGAAGGCUCCCUCUCGGCCCGGCCAUGUCGAGCGAGGAGAGCUACUUGGCCAUCCUGCGCUACUUGACCAACGAGCGCGAGCCUUACGCGCCGGGCACCGAAGGCAACGCCAAGCGCAAAAUCCGCAAGGCCGCCGCCUGCUACGUUGUGCGCGGCGGCACCCUCUACUACCAGCGUCGACAGCGGGACCAGCAGCGCUUCGCCGAGCUCGAGGUGGUGCUGCAGGCCGAGCGGCGCGGCCGCCUCAUCCGAGCCGCCCACCUGGAGUCCGACGGCUCUCACCGGACCCGCCUGCAGACAUGGCAGCGCCUCUCCCGGCGCUACUGGUGGCGAGGGAUUCUAAAGCAAGUUAAAGAUUACAUUAAAGAAUGUGGCAAAUGCCAGGAAAAAUUAGAUCGUUCCAGAUCCUUGUCUGAUCCUUCUGAAAUUCUGGAAGAAUUAGGAUUAGACACAAUAUCUCAUGAAGACAGUAAUGAAACAGAUGAUGAAUUAAAUACUGCAGCAUCACUCCCAGCAGCAUCACCAAAACCUGUGAAAAAGAAGCCAAUAGCCAAACAUGAGCUUGUAUUUGUUGAUAGUAAGGGCCUUGUGAAACAGUCUCUCUCAAAGCAUUCUCAAUCAGUCUUGAACCAGUUGAAUCAGCAACGGCUUUCCAAUCAAUUUUGUGAUGUAACUUUGCUUAUUGAAGGAGAAGUGUACAAAGCACACAAAUCUAUUUUGGCAGCCAACAGUGAGUACUUCAGAGAACUUUUUAUCGAAAAAGGAGCAGUUUCCAGCCAUGAAGCUGUAGUGGAUCUUUCAGGUUUUCGCAAGGCUAGUUUCCUCCCUUUAUUGGAGUUUGCUUAUACUUCAGAGUUAACCUUUGACUUCUGUAACAUGGCAGCUGUAGCAGAGCUGGCUCAACAUCUCCUCAUGACAGAAGUUCUGGAAAUCUGUGAAAAUGUGCACAAACAAAUGGAAGAUAAACAAAUCACAGUAUACCAGAAAGGAGAUGUUCAAGUAGUAGAAGUAGCUCAAAAUCUCUUAGAGCAGAAGGAAAGUGAGGUCAACACCAUGGACAGCACCGAGCAGCCUCUACCCACGGAAGAUGUAGUAGCAACUGUGAAUGGAGCAUGUUCAAGCACUGAAGCAGAAGAGAUGACUACACAAGAUGCUUCGCUGCAAAUUGCUUCAGAACCUCUUGUGGACAAUCCUCCAAAAUCUCCAGUGCAUUCUACUAGUACAGAAACGACUGAAAAUGAAGUAAAAUCCCAAACAGUGGAAUGCACCACAAAUCAGACUGACUCUGUGGUUCAAUCAGAGCCUCCAGCAGCAGAGCAAAUAGUUAUUAGCACUCAGGCAGAAAGUGACACUGAUCAGAAUGCAAGCAGUGAACAAAAUAUGAUCACUGAAGCAAAUGCAGAUACUGUUGCCGAAGAUUCUCCGGAAGGACUUAAGCGAAAACGUGGCAGACCAUGUAAAACACAGAGCAUUCCACUGUUGCAGUCUGAGAUGUCUGUUUCCAAUCAAGAUGACACUUACAAAAGCAAGCUUCGCCAGCGUUCUGUUAGUGAGGGUGGCUAUAUCAGAUUGCACAAGGGUAUUGAGAAAAAACUACAGAACAGGAAGCCAGCUGCCAAAUCAGCCAUCCAGCAGGUUGCCAUGAAGCUAGUGCAAAGAGGCAAGAAGAUGAAGCAGCCCAAGAGAGAAACUACAGAGCACACCGAGGCAGAAGCUCAGCACAAAUGCAGUGAAUGUGGAAUGGUUUUUCAGAGACGUUAUGCUCUUAUAAUGCACACACUGAAGCACGAAAGAACAAAACAUUAUAAGUGUCCCCUAUGCAAAAAAGAGUUCCAGUAUGGUGCCUCUCUGCGAGCACACCUUGUUCGCCAUACCCGAAAAAAUGAAGUGACUGUUGCAACUGCUAGCAUAGAAGAGAGUGGCACAGCUGUGAAGGGCAGAACUAAAAGGGAGUUCAUCUGUGAUAUCUGUGGAAGAAGUUUACCUAAACUCUACUCUCUGAGGAUCCAUAUGCUGAAACAUACAGGUGUAAAGCCACAUGCAUGUAAGAUUUGUGGAAAGUCAUUUACCUAUAAACAUGGUUUAAAGAUGCACCUUGCACUCCAUGAGGCACAGAAGCAAUUUAAAUGUGAAUUGUGUGAAAAGUCCUUUGUCACGAAACGAAGCCUUCAGGAGCACGUAAGCAUUCAUACAGGAGAAUCAAAGUACUUUUGUUCGCACUGUGGAAAGUCUUUUCAUAGAGCUUCAGGACUUAGUAAGCACAUAAAGAAACAUCAGCCAAAACCUGAAGUUCGGGGAUAUCAAUGUACUCAAUGUGAGAAAAGUUUCUAUGAACCUAGGGAUCUCCGACAGCAUAUGAAUAAGCACCUUGGGGUGAAACCAUUUCAGUGCCAAUUCUGUGGGAAGUGCUACAGUUGGAAGAAAGAUUGGUAUUCUCAUGUGAAGUCCCAUUCUGUAACGGAUCCUUACAGGUGCAAUGUAUGUGGUAAAGAAUUCUAUGAGAAAGCAUUGUACAGAAGACAUGUCAAGAAAGCUACUCAUGGGAAGAAAGGGAGAGCAAAGCAAAAUUUGGAGCGUGUUUGCGAACACUGUGGGAGGAAAUUCACCCAACUUCGGGAGUACAGAAGACAUAUGAACAACCAUGAGGGUGUUAAACCCUUUGAGUGUCUGACUUGUGGAGUAGCCUGGGCUGAUGCACGUUCUUUAAAGCGCCACGUGAGGUCACAUACUGGAGAGCGGCCUUAUGUUUGUCCAGUGUGCAAUGAAGCCUACAUCGAUGCCCGAACCUUAAGGAAGCAUAUGACCAAGUUCCACCAGGAUUAUGUACCUUGUAAAAUUAUGCUGGAGAAGGACACACUUCAGUUUCAUAAUCAGGGGACACAAGUGGAACAUGCCAUCAGUAUUUUAACUUCUGAUGUGCCAGAACAAGAAACAGAGGUUUGUAGUGAAGAGAUAGAGACAGUAGUAGUGACUGAAGAAACACUUGAUACUGUUGCAGCUACUGAAGAGUGUACAACGGUUUCCACUCUUUCUGACCAAAGUAUCAUGCAAGUAGUCAAUUAUGUAUUGGCACAACAACAAGGACAGAAAAUUACUGAGGUUACAGAAGCUAUUCAGACUGUAGAAGUAGAGGUAGAACACGUUUCUGAUCAGGACUAAAUACACAUUUUGUUAAUGCAGAAGAUGAUGACCUGAGUGGAGCAGAGCAGCAUGCAAUGAUCCAAGUAUCAACUGUCUUGAGCGGUUGGACUCUGACAGUAACAACAAUAGAUUCAGAACCCUGUUCUGAGUUUCUUGAAUGUAUAUGACCAACAUUUGUAAUUAAAAAAAAUAAAGUUGAAAAGAUCCACAGUAAACUGUGGGCUUGUACCAAGACUACUGCAGUUGUAAUCACUUAAAAAAAGAAAUCUGGAAAUAAAGUCAUCUGUGUGAUGGUGGUAGGUAUGCUGUAGUUUUGUGUUUUCAGACUGAUUUUCAUACAGCUGUUUUGGUUUACAGGGUGGCUUGCUAUGCCAAAGAGUUGUGUCCAUCAUUUUGAAAUUCAGCCAUGUUUGCUCUUGACUUUCAUGGGCAACCAAGAGAUGGGUGUGAUCUGAGAGUGAAAUUGUGAACCUGUUAAUAGGUGAAUGUUGCAAUCAUGGGUGCUGCUCACAGAAAUGAUUUUAUAAGCUGAUCAGUCUGACUCAGACAUGUUUGAUCAGAUCUCUGCAUAGUGUUCCUGUAUUUAAGGCCACAACCCCACUCCCCCCCCUUUUGUGUUUUUUUUUUUGCUUUUUAGGUAUUAAAGCCUUUGUAAAGAAAUGAUUUCCAUAAACUUUAAAUUGUAAUCAAGUGCAAUCUUUUAGUACAGCCCCACUAAGUUGUAGACAGUCUUGCGGGGAAACUGGUUACUGCAAGUAAAUAUGUAAAUGUUUGCAUUUUCCUUGCUUUGUUUUUGGCAUAACCUGAAAUACUUCAGGGUUGCACUUCUUGAGACUAAAACAUGUUUGUACACUUUAUAUAUUAACCUUUGAUGAAAUUAUCCUGUAUUUAAGAGAACUAUAAGAACUAAAGUACGAAGGUAUAUAUAGUAAAACUGAGUUAUUUUUUGAAUGUCAUCUUAAUUUUCAGCUUGCAUGGUGUCCUAAUUUUUGUAUAAUAGUCUGAUAAAGUUGGGGGAUUAAAAUUAUUAAGGUUAGUAUUUGGGAAAACAAAUAUUGCCCACCAGAGGGAGAUGCAAAAGUGCACCUUAGUGUUCUAACUGGCUUGACAUUUAUCAGAAUGCAAUGUAAAAUUGUUCAUACCUGGUGUUUUUUUUUUUUAAGUAUAUACAUGGAGGAGCAGUUUUCCUGUAAACCUCAAUUCAGGCCAAUUACUUGGCUAGCAUCCAGUCUUGUGUACCUCAUAAAUUGAAGAAAUUUUGCUCAAGCAAGCGGGGGGGGGGGGGGUUGGCUUUCACUGAUCUUCCCCUUUCUUCUGUCCCCUCCAUCUCCCCACCCCCAUGUGAACAGACCUUCUUCAGUUCUUGUAAGUACUACUCUAGAUGCUAUCCUGUGUGUGUUAGACAUAUUAAACAGCUGUUUAUUUCUUUCAAAAUAAAUGUCUGUGGUGGUUCUGA